AUGUCUCCAAAACCCGAGACAGACCCAUUCUGCUUAGAAUGCCAUUGGGAGAAUUACCACAUGGCCGACGGCAAUCUCCUUUCCGGCCCAGAGUGCUUUGAUAUAUCCUGCUGGAGUGGUGCUGAUUUCGACAACCAUAAUUCUCUCUCGUGCAACCUGUCAGCAGAGUGUUGCAAUAUGGAUGAUUGUGCGGAUGCUUGCACUACUGUCUGCGAUGGCUUCGUCGACUGCGACAAGUCCACCAUCUGCUCCGAGUCCUAUUGCGACAAUUUAAACUGCGAGAAGACGUCUACUGCCUGCUACGAUAAGAAUUGCAUCGAGGUGCAUUACGAUAAUGUCCACCAAACACAUGAAAAUAACUUCUUGAGCCAAGAUGGAUCUCUGAACUGGGACUGUAUGACUUUGGGUCCCGAGCACGGCAACUGUGGGUUCCACGGCGAGAACUUUGACGGUUCCUUUACUUCACACAUUCAUCCCUCCGGGACAACGGUUGCUUGUGACCUGUCCUCUAUCAAAGAUCUGAGUCAAAGCCACUUCUCUGAUCAGCAGACCCCUUUCGACUCACAUUCUCAUAUAGUCUCUGGCCCGUGUCUAAAUCAUGGACUCGGAGCCAUUUGCAUUAGCAAUACGACAGAACUUUGCCACAACACGGGAAACUGUACAUAUCAACGAAAGAUAGGCGGCAAUUUACCUCUCGGAAGCUGUUCUGGGAUAUCGACGCCCUUUGCUUCAUUACACUCUUCCAGGACUGCCAACCAUCGUCAUCACCAUGGCCAUGGCUCUUUCCAGGCGCUGGCCUUGCAGCUAUAUCACCGACGACAAGAAGCAACGCCAACGAUUACAACUUCCACACGCUCUACUCCGAGUCUGAGCAUGCAUUCAAGCCCUGUUCCAGCACCCAUCGGCCAAGAAGCGACUGGUACCCCAUUGUUCGAUGCCUCCGACUUUCUCGGCGCUGAAGAGCUGCAUAUUUGCAGAUGGGUUGGAAAUAAAUUAGAAAAUAAAAUUUGCGGUGAAAUAUUUCCAGACGCAGGCAGCCUGCAGAAACACCUCACAACAGCCCAUGCGGACCCAACGCAAGGAUGCCAAGGACAAGGUUAUUACUGCUGUUGGGAAGGCUGUUCCCGUCCAGACGAACCGUUUUCGCAGAAGUCUAAACUACAGGGCCAUUUUUUAACACACAGUAAUUAUAAAAGUUUUCGAUGUUCCAUUUGCGGGAAGCCUUUUGCAAGGCAGGCAACCUUGGAAAGGCAUGAACGAAGCCACCGAGGAGAUAAGCCAUAUAAGUGUAAGGAAUGUGGGAAGAAGUUCACAGACAGCAGUGAAUUAAAAACACACAUGCGCACACACACCGGCGAAAAGCCAUUUAAAUGUAACCAUCCUGGAUGCACCUUCGAGACCGGGGACCCCACGGAGAACGGAAACACAAGUGUCCUUAUCCAGGAUGCUCUAAGAGUUUUACAAGACCAGAUCAGUUGA